AUGGGUGCUUGUCCCCUUCUUUUCUCUGUGCUUUCCCGUCCUCGCCGGUCCUCGUCGUCUGUCCGCAUUUCGCUUCCUCACCGUAGCCCAGAGUCCCAGGCUCUAUCCACUCAUUUCCAUCCACCUUGUCGACGUGGCGUCCACUAACGAACUGCGCUCGUGCUUCUACUCGCCAUCCUAGGAAACAAGAUCUCCAUAUCCUAGCCAGCCUCCAUUGUCGCUAGUCAUUCGUUAUCUGAAACGACAGGGCACGUCCACCGUCCCACAGGCUCCCCUCUCGAUCAUUGACCAUCGUUAUAAGGCUCGUCUGCCCGCUCCGACCUCGCGAGACCCUCUUCAUACCGAAUUUUUCACCUCCUAGCCUUCUUCGUACGCCCACGUUCGUUUAUAUCCUUUCUCUUCUCUUCUGCAGGUCGCCUGGAGCACUCACGCCAGUGGAAGCCGUCCACCCCACGCCCGCCCGGCCAGCAACAUCAACCACCAACAACAACUUCACAAACCACGCUCUCUCGUCAAGAUGCUAUUCAAGUCUGUCGCUGCCGCGGCCGCCUUCGCCGUCGCGUCGCAAGCCGCGAGCGACGUGGCCGUGCCCGUCCGCAUGUCUGUCCGCGAGCUCUUCGGCGCCGUCCACCCCCGCGACGACGCUGGCUACUUGCCCGGCCAGACCUUUUGCGCCAUGGGAACCAGCUGCUCCGAGGCCUGCGGAGCCGGCUUCGAGAUGUGCCCGUCCAACGACAACUCGAUCCACUGCUUCAACCAGGGCGCCAAGGCCCAGUGCUGCCCCGGUAAUGCCGGCGUCUCGUGCGAGGACGGCUUCUACUGCGCCAACGACGCCGCCGGCGAGCAGCUUUGCUGCCCCGUCGGCAAGUCCCUGGCCGAGUGCGAGGGCGCCGUCGUCUCGGUUGCGGCCCUGCCGCCCGUCACGUCCACCGCCACCACGAGCUCCUCGUCGUCCUCGACUUCGUCCUCGUCUUCGAGCUCCGUCUCGUCGCUGAGCAUCGCGGCCAACACGACCACCUCGGCCGUUUCGUCGUCCUCGACCCUCUCGGCCAACACGACGGCCUCGGCUGGUUUCACCACCCGCCUCAACAGCACGACCGCUGCCACGACGGGCUCGGCGACGCGCACCCCCAUCAGCUUCACCAGCUCCAGUGUCGCCGUCACCUCGACCCCCACCUCGGCACCCAGCAACGGUGCUGGAGUCGUUGGCCCUUCGGCCUUCCUCCUGGGUCUUGCGGCCGUCGCUUUCACCGCCCUGCUGUAAAUCCCGUGCCGGGAGCAGAAGCAAUACAACCGGAAGACGAGAGUCUCUUAUAAUAUCAUCCGGCGCUCACCUCAACGUUGUGUGUCACGAGCACAGCGAAACAAGCUAAAAUAUAAUGCGCCAGCAAAACCUUGGAUACCUACAAUGAGUUUAUGAGGCAAACGACGACUGCGAGUUAUUGGACAAGGCGGGGUUCUCUUCUUGGAAAUCGAGUCGCUCGUCGCUGUGGGCUGGAAAAGGGGGAAACGCUACAUACGAACCUUUUGCCUUGCGCGACACCAUGCACUCACCACACAUACACUACCUUUUACCUACCUAUACAAAAACACAAUCUACCAACCCGCCCAUCCCACACUUCUCCUGCCUGCCGCAGACCACGCGGACGGCGGUGCCGCUCUAAAAUCCCUUUCCUUUGUUGCUCAGUCGGUUCUUGUUGUUGCCUUCUUUUUGAAGCUGCCUGGGUUGCGCACUUCGUUUCUGGGGGCUUAGGCUACGCAAAGCCAUGUUUUUUUCAGCGGGGAGCUUGGUGGUACCGGAGUUUUUUUUCUUCUUGGGCUUGUUCCCGUCUUGGCUCUUGUGUCCCACGGGGGCCAUGUUACUUUUCUCUUCUUCACUGGGCCGCAUUUAUUGAUUUUUGAUACCUUUUACGUUGUACGUUGAUGCUGCUUCCCGCUGCCUGCAUCCUGUUUGCCCGCAUUGCAAUGGUCUACUGCAUUGUCGGCUGUUCAGCUAUUCCCCCGCUUUCCUAAAAGGCACCUAUACUUAGUUUUUAUUGUCUGUAUCCGUCGAAGAAGGUUUCGCCUUUGGUUCAG